AUGACAGCAAUGGCGAGAGUUCCUGUGUCUUUUGGCACUCAGCAGCCAGAGGUGAGUACUUUCUACGGCAGCUUCAGUGAUGAGGUGAAGACCCUCUACCCAAGUGGUCCAAGUCGUGGAAGUUUCAUGCCACCUUCGCCACCUCCGCCAGCACCCCGAGCUCGUUCACGGCCACGGCACGAUGUGGCAUCUGCUGCGGCAUCUGCUGUGAGCUCACGAAGUGAGCCAUUGCCACCACUGGCACAGCCGAAGGGUGAUGUGGCGCCCAUGGAGCCUCACCAUCCCCUUCGUCCCAUGAAGUCUCUGGCACCUCCAGGGCUGAUCGCUGCAGGUAUUCCAUGGUUGGACUACGGACCAGGCUGCAUGCCACUGGCGGCCAGCCCGCGACCCUGUGCUGGUCACAACGGUUGGCAACGGCCGCCUUCCCCGCUGCCAAUGGGGAGCCGUGAGCAUUUCUCCGAGUCUGAGUCCGAGCAUCAGAAGGGUGGUGGUUUUACCACCCUCUUCAUCAGUGGCUCCCACAACGCGACCGCUUCAAAGCGCCCCCUUGCCGAUUCUGCCCAGCACUGCCAGGAGUGUCACGCGGAUGACAACCAUCCCAAGCCGGCCUCCAGUGAGAGUGAGAGUUGCUGGCUUCGCUGGCAGCCUCCGCCCAGAGACAGGGCUAGCAGAGAGGUGGUCAGCACUUCUGGAGGAAACCUGGACAAAAAGGGAGGCGAGAUCGGGCCGGUGCAGAUCGUGGUCGCUGUGCCGGGCGACCUUGAAUGUGGUGUUCAUGUGGCGCGGGACUGGGUACACCGCCACCUUGGCCAACCUGACAAAGUCAUCCUUCGCUUGGAUUUUCGCAAUGCCUUCAACUUGGUCGACCGGGCAGCCGUCCUCCGUGCUGUGCCGCAAGAUUUGCCUGGCCUCACCUGCUGGGCACUGGCCUCUUACAACCAGGCGGUCUUGCCUGAGGACCAAGUUCAAGCCUUGGCCCCGUCCUGUCAGCAACGAGAGUUGUCAGCCAGUGUGGAUAAAGCACAGCUGGCCCGCUUGAUGGCUUCCACUCCUGGCGAAGCUGCCAAAGGCUACCUCCAACUUCUUCAACAACCCGGCGCCGGGAGGUUGACCCUUCCCAGUGCACCGUCCGAUGGCUUUUGCCCUCUUUGCAACGGGGUGGCGGAUUCCUUCGGAGAGCACGCUCGGGUAUGCCCUUGCGGAGGUUGCGGAACUUCUUCGCGGCCAAGCUCGAUGGGGUCUUCAUUGGUUUCCAGCGGCCUUCGCUCGGGCGUGCUCCCCGCCACUGUUGGUCAUGGGGGGCAUGCCGCCUUGGUGCACGAAGAGCGCAAGCGCAUGCACCAACCGACAGAAGCUCAAUGUCAGGCUCAGGAGCUGCAGUUCCUACCUCUGGUUGCGGAAGGGUGUGCUGGCGGCUGGGGACCCACCGGCAUGACUGUCUUCCGGCAGCUUGGCAGCUUCCUUGCUGCUCAUGCAGGAUGCAAAGAUCCCUCCUAUGGAGUUAGACCGAAGGCUCGAUUCGAUGGCAGUUUCAAACUUCACACGGAGGACGAACAUCGGAUAGAACUGUCGCAGACAUGUUUGUUAUCAGAAGUUCAUGUUGAGUUCAUGUUGGCAAAGUUGGCAAAUUGGAAGUUGUCAAGGCCAUCUUUGGGGCUCCCCCAGAACUGCCACAUUUUUCGACGAAAACUCUUCUCGCAAGAGCUGGCGCAGAUCCAACGCAUGUUGGAAGAUAAAGCAGACUUGCGCGCUGCUGCUGCACAGGAGUUUCGCUGGGCCUUGCAUUCUGGUGGCCGCUGUGGCGAUGACACCAUUGACACCGCUGCUGCAUUAUCGGCCUUGCGACAGCUGGCGUACCUUUAUGGUUUGCCAGCACUAGAUGCUGACUUGACCAGUAAGAUGAGGUUGGCCAAGCGCCGCAACGAUGAAAAGCUUCCCUUGAUGCUGUUGAAGCUCAAGCUUAGCCACGAACUUUUUCCUGCCAAAGGAAACGCAGGUCACGAUGUUGAACUCAAUGGCCUCCAGAAGCAGGCCGCUUCCUUGUCGAUGCAGUUUCCAGGUUGUGAGCAAGCUCUGGGUGCAUUCGGCUUCAAGGACCGUCAAGCUCUUCCAGCUUUGGGCACCUUGAAGGAUGAAUCCUUGGGUGCCGAAACCGUGCUGACUUGCGGCAUGUCCAUCAGUCCUGACAUCUCACGACUUGUCGCUGAGAUGGAGGAGUUGGAGCUUCCAAGGUCUUUUCCCUCAGAGGUCGCCGGGACCAUUCGGCAGCUUCAGCUGAACGAGGCCUUUUGGGGGCGCUUUAAGAAUAUCCCGGAGAUGGCCACUGCCACGGACAAGCAGGAGAUCCUUCAUAUCUUGGAGAACUUUGUGCUUGUGAAUCGGAAGCACGUGGUCCUUUGUCAACGCCUCAAAACCACAGUUAUAAGGAGGAUAGACGAAUGGACAGCUCCUGAGUUGGCGCUGCUUUGUCGUAGCUUUGCGGAGCUCUCCUACCUCCACGAGGAUUUGUUACUUGCAAUGACCGAGCAGGUGGUAUCUACCCUGUCCGAUUGCACAGCACAAGAGCUGUGCUUGUUGUUGGAUGCAUAUGCCACGAAAAGAUGCUUUGUCCAGUCGGUGACCGAUGCUGUCACUGAGCAGACCCUCAUGAGACUUAAAGAGUUCACACCGUCACAGCUCUGUUUGCACGCCUCCAGCUACACAAGGUUGGGUAUGCAGAAUGAAGAGCUGAUGAGAAGAAUCUCCAGUCGAAUCAUUGAGGCGGUCGGCGACGCAGGGAUGGAGCCUGGCUUCUCUGCAAGGGACAUUUGCAUACUGGCCCAUGCAUUUGCAAAGCUUGGCGAAGAAAAAUCCCGAGACGUUUUCAACAUGCUUUCAAGGGCAGCACUACCGGUGAUGCGGGAUUUUACUGCAAAGGAGCUUCAGUCACUGCUGGUGUCCUGUGCGCAUGCCCGUCACGCAGACAACGAGCUGCUGGAGAACAUCUCAGCACAGGCCCAGCGGUGUAUCUCUCAGUUCAGUGCUGAAUCUUUGGCCUUGACUUUGCGAGGUAUGGCAUUCUUCGGCAGAACGGAUGACCCGAUUUUCACACGAGCACUUGUGGAGCUUCCGCGCGUCAUUUUAACUAUGCGUCCAGCAGACAUUGCUGUUGUUUGCAGCAGCUUUACUGCAGCGCAGGUGAACAGUUCCUUUCUGGUGGAUCUGGUAUCACCAGUGAUUCUUGAGAAGGCGCCUACUUUCAACGCAGUGGAAUGGCUCCUAUUGCUGCGUAGCUAUGCAAAGCUGGGACCGAACAAGAUGUUUCUCUCCGCAGUAACAAACUACCUCAAGGUGGAUGAGCUGGAACCGGGGCAGCUUGACGAAGCUCUUGGAUUCACCCAACAGCUCAUGAAGGAGGCGGGUGAGGACUUGGCUCCACUUGACCAGCUCUACUCAGUGGAACGCUCAGCUGAAAACUUUGGUGAACAAAAUGUGGAAUGA